AUGCCUCACGCAGUUUCGAUGCCUCCGCCAGGCCUUCAGGCAAUCAUCCUUUGUGGGCCUGGCUCAUCAUUUCCGACUUUCACAGCCAACCCGGAGGAGAACCCAAAGGCUUUGUUGCCCAUCGCAAACCGGCCUAUGGUGUGGUACCCGCUUGAGUUCUGUUAUCGCACAGGCAUUACAGAUAUUACAUUGAUCUGCCCGCCAUCUGCGGCCAAGGCCAUCCAAACAGCCCUAAAGACCAACCCAUUUCUGACGGGCCUACCACAUCCGCGCCCAGAUCUUUUGGCUCCAAAUGAUCUGGACUUGUCAACAGGCACAGCUGAAAUAUUACGACUGCCAGAAGUCAGGCAGGUCCUGACCUCCGACUUCGUAGUGCUGCCCUGUGACCUUGUCUGCGAACUUGGAGGUGACAAACUCCUUCAAGCAUGGAUGGUACGGGCAACAGCCCCAUAUCAAGAACCUCCACAAGCGAGCGGAGGGCUGGGCGUGUGGUACGAAACGAAGACUGCGACACCGGUCAAGGGCGAGGAAACAGACUUUAUCGCGACCACACCACUUUCGCAGCCGGUUACACCCACAUCUAAGGACUCACUGUUACGGCAUCUAUCCAAGCUGGCCCUCUCGAUCCCCACGGACUCUCUGAAGGACUUAACUGAAGAGAAAAAAGGCUUCCCCAUCAGGCAUGGACUGAUGCGUAAACACCCUAAACUUAGAAUGUUGACUUCUCACAGAGAUGCACAUGUAUACAUUCUGCCUCAUUGGAUCCUCGAGCUCAUUGCCGAGAACGGACGUCUCGAGACUAUUGGUGAGGAUGUUAUUGGUUGGUGGGCUAAGUCAAGCUGGCAGGACGGCCUGGCAGAGAAGCUCGGAUUCCCCAACGUGCUCAGCUCAACAGUGGGAGAUUUCUCCGGGCGUGAAAAGGGCAUCAGCAGUCCAUUUAGCGAAGGAGAAGCUUCACCAACAAUUGAGGUCUCACCGCUGUCUCCUGAAGGUUCUAAAAAAAGGAACACUCUGGCUUCUGCCACGACACGGCGUCACGUAGUGCCACCGGUAUUGGCUUAUGUCCAACCAUCCGAUCCUAACGCUCCCCUCAUCCGACGUGUGGACACGGCACAGCUUCUACUAGCCGUCUCGCUGCAAUUAGCUAAGCUCCCUUCUGUUGAGGAGGCGGGCGCAGAUGCAUCUAUUUUCGCUCAUGCUCGCAAGGUAGCUUGGCCUGAAGGUGUUAAGCCGCGAACAACAAUUACCAAGCAAGACUCCUUAGUGGCUGACAAUGUCACUGUGGAAGAGAAAACUUCGAUCAAAGAGUGCGUUGUUGGUGCUAACUGCCAAAUUAAGGAAGGUGCCAAGCUGUUCCAAUGUGUGCUAAUGGACGGUGUUGUGGUUGGCAAGGGCUGUAAGCUCACGCGGUGUAUUUUAGGAAAGCGCAGCGAUAUUGGGGAGGGGUCCAUCCUGACAGAAUGUGAGGUACAAGAAAACCUGUUGGUUGAACCACGAACCGAGGAAAAGGACAACAAGUUCAUGAGCAGUGAAGGUCUUGAAGCAACGGAAGAGGAGCUACAAGAUGCCAUGGAUGACGCUGGUAUUGAUUUAAUGGGUUAG